AUGCCGACCAUACGCGACACGCCGUCGGCGCUCAACGCGCUGCUCGCGCAGGUCCUCGCGCCCAACAGUCUGCAGUUCAAUGCGCACGAGUUUCAACGGGCAUCGAAAGCGGCGCAGGAGGCGGCCAGAGACGCGGCGACGCGCGUCCAACCAGGCGACUUGAUCUUUAGCACGACGAGCGGAGCCGUGUACUCGAUGGGCAGAUACGUGACUGAGAACACGUAUGACCACGUGGUCAUUGUGAUGGACGAGCGCACGGUGCUGCACGUGGGAAUGCCGUCUGUGAGGCUAAUGCCGUUAGAGCGGCUCCUGCUGCCUCAACGGCAACCUGUGGUGCUGCGCGUGGCAAUGGCCGAGGAGGAACUGCAGCGUUUUCUACGUUGCGCUCGACACUUGGUCGGAUGCCAGUACGAUGUCGCACGAGCGUAUCAGCUGAUGGUGCGGCUAGCGCUGAAACGUCUCACCGGUUCGUCACCGCUGCCGAGAUUGCCACUUGACGUCAAAAGCAACGCCUGGAUCUGCAGCGACGCCAUCCUUGUACUGCUCGCAGGUUGCUGUGAGGCAUUUCGCGAAGCGUUGGCCAAGGCGAGGCAAGAAGCUGAACUAGACAUCUUUACGAUCGGUAGCGCUUCCCUGACAGACUUCCAACGGCUCCGCCGCAUCGAGCCAGCCGUUAUUUCGCGUGUACCGUUGCCAGUGGUCAACUUCACGCUAGCGCCGCACAAACGAUCGUGGCGAGCACAUGUCGCUGAGAUGGUGCAGUUCGCGCAGAGCCUGCAACACGGCACGUUCAAGUGGCCUUUGCCGCCCGUGCCUGGAAUCUCGUCCAGGGUACGCGAAGUCGCAGCCUGCAUCCCGCCCUCGUCCAUGGACGCGAAGCACAAGGUCCAGAUGCUGAGCUACGUGCUGCUGUUUCUCGCGACACUUGGGCGAGGACUGACCGUGAAGCGAGUGUUGCUCCGAGCCAUUGAGAUGCUCAUGCUGCGCUACGUUGCACACCACGUGAUGCUGUGCUUGCAGUCGUCGCCAGCUUUUGCCAGUGCGAGACUAUAG